AUGGUAGAGGAUGAACUGGCACUAUUUGAUAAAAGCAUAAAUGAAUUUUGGAAUAAAUUCAAAAGCACUGUCAGUGACACCUCCUGUCAGAUGGUGGGACUAAGAGAUGCCUACAAGGACUCAAUUAAAGCAUUUGCAGAAAAGCUGUCUGUGAAAUUAAAGGAAGAAGAACGGAUGGUUGAAAUGUUUCUGGAAUAUCAAAAUCAAAUCUGCAGACAGAAUAAGCUCAUUCAAGAGAAAAAGGAGAAUUUAUUAAAGUUGAUUGCUGAAGUAAAAGACAAAAAACAGGAAGUGGAGGCACUGACUGCAACUAUCCAGGAUCUUAAGGAAGAAUAUGCUAGGAAGAAGGAAACUAUUUCCACUGCUAAGAAAGCUAAUGAAGAGAGGUUGAAAAGGCUACAGAAAUCUGCAGACUUGUAUAAAGAUCGACUUGGACUAGAAAUUCGAAAAAUUUAUGGUGAUAAAUUGCAGUUUAUAUUCACUGAUAUUGACCCUAAGCAUCCUGAUCGUCCAUUUAUGUUUUCCCUGGGCCUAAAUGAAGCAAGGGACUAUGAAGUGUCAGAUAGUGCUCCUUAUCUUGAGUGCCUCGCAGAAUUUCAAGAAAAUGUAAGGCAGACCAACAAUUUUUCGGCUUUUCUUGCCAACGUUCGGAAAGCUUUUACUGCCAUGGUUUAUAAUUAA